CGAGAGGACCGUAACACUGCUGAAUACAGAGGUUGUAAGAGAGGACGAGAGGAGACGAGAGGAGACGAGAAGUAGCCGCGUGAAGCGAUGGACAGAUAGACAUGGAGGUGGAUUUUAAAGACAUUUGUUGUUGUUUAUCCAAACCCGGCGCCCUGACAGACUGACCAUGCCGUCGCUGUGGAAACGGUUGACCUUUUCCUUUGCCACUCUGCUCUGCGUGCUCUCUGCCACUCUGCUGCUGGUUGCCCUGGCGACCGAGCGCUGGGUCAGCGGGAGGAUCCUGUGUGGUACCGGGGCAGAGCUGGUCAGCGCCAACUGUUCUGAACUGGACAAGUUCACCGGACACAUCUACUACGGGCUGUUCCAGGGUCAGAAGACUAGGAGGUGUGGACUGGGAAACCGCAGCACCAAGAUAUACAUAUUCCCUACUCUGGUACAUACCCUGAACACAGGUCUCCAUGUGAUGGUGAUAGUCUUCCUGUUGGUGGCCGUGGGGUUUACUCUGCUCAGCCUCUCAUUCUCUAUCUACAACGCGCGCAAGGUUCCCUACCAGAGCAUUAAAGGCCCCACUGGACUCUACAUCUGGAACACCAUAGCAGGGGUGUUUGGGUCGUUAGCCGUCCUGUGUUUCUUAGCAGCUGUCAGACAUCAUCGGUUAACGGAACGUGUCUCUAACUACCAGGAGAAUCUUUUCCAUUUCUCCAUUCUGGAUGAGCGACUGGAUUGGUCCUUCUGGCUAGGCGUGGCUAGCAUCGCUACGCACGGUGUGGUGUGUGUUGUCGUGGCAAUGAGCCGGAUCAAACUGCCCAAACCACAGAACAAGAAACAGUCCGAGCAGCCAACUGUCACCGCUGAAGUCCUCAUGUACUGACACACACACGUUAGUGGGACAUUAUCUACUAGCCUGCUGUAAUCUACACGACACUGGGUCUAUCUACUGUCUAUAGAAACUGUAAUCUACACUACACUGGGUCUAUCUACUGUCUAUAGAAACUGUAAUCUACACUGGGUCUAUCUACUGUCUAUAGAAACUGUAAUCUACACGACACUGGGUCUAUCAACUGUCUACAGAAACUGUAAUCUACACGACACUGGGUCUAUCUACUGUCUAUAGAAACUGUAAUCUACACGACACUGGGUCUA